AUGCAGACAAGAGAGGAACUUCCUGGACAAGAGACCAGUCCCUUGCACAUGGAGAGAGGAAUGCAAAGCAAGACCAGGAAUUCCAUGAUGACCACUGAGUCAGAGGGCUCUCUACAAGUCCCUAUUCCAUGUGCUGUUCUCGCUGUUGUCAUUAUUGUUACUUUGAUCAUAGCAAUAAUUUCCUUGUCAGUGGGCCAAUACAACUGUCCUGGAAAAUACGUCAGGGAGAAUAUAUCUCCAAUGAUGACACCAAUGUCUUUGGAUCUUCCUGUUUCCUCAUGCCCAGAUUCCUGGAUUGGAUACCAAGGCAAAUGUUACAUCUUUUCUAACACUACAGGGAAUUGGUCCACCAGCAAAAAUGCUUGCUCUUCCCAUGAUUCCACUCUUGCCCAGAUUGACUCUAAGGAAGACUUGAAUUUUCUCAGACGAUAUGCGGGUAAUGCUAAGCACUGGAUCGGACUAAGAAAUGAAGUCAACCAGGCAUGGCAAUGGACAAAUGGCAAAGAAUUCAGUGGCUGGUUCAACCUCACAGGAUCAGGGAACUGUGCCUACCUGAGAAGUACUGAGGUCCGCAGUGUCAAAUGCCGGGAGGAUCUACACUGGAUCUGUAGCAAACCCACCAAACCCUGA